AUGAGCUUCUUCAAAUCUUUUAAAAAAUCAAGCUAUACACCAAUACCACAGGAAGGUGAUGGUGCGCCUUUGCCGCCUCCAGCUACCAAUCCAUCAAAUCCAAACUCAAUAAAAACGAAAUUGCAGAAGUUGAAUCCUUUUAGAAAUAAUUCGGUAUUCCUUGAAGAUGACGAUAAUUAUGUAACAUCAGAAUCGGGAUAUUUUGAACUUUCUAGAUGGGAUAGAAUGCUUAUAUUUAGUCUCACAUUUGCUGGUUCAGUGUCCUGUUAUCUUAUUUGCCUAUUUUUGUUCCCCAUUUUAUCAUUAAAACCCAGAAAGUUUGCAUUAUUGUGGUCUUUAGGAUCAAUAUUCUUUUUGGUAAGCUUUGGUGUAUUACAAGGGUUUUGGCCAUACAUGCAACAUUUAUUUCUGUCUACACGAAUAAUAUUCACUGUUGUUUUCGGAACGUCUAUAAUUUUAACGUUGAUAAGUGCGUUAUCUUUAAGAAGUACAAUUCUUUCGAUCAUCUUUGCAGUAAUACAAUUACUAAGUGCCUUAUGGUAUACUGUGAGCUAUUUUCCAAUGGGAAAGCAAACUAUAAAUCUUGCAGGUUCAGUUGCGAGAAGUCAGGUUGAUAGUUGGAUCAACUCAUGA